AUGAAUAGUAUUAUCAAGCGUAACUACUCGAUAUUGGUUCAAAAUGUUAUUUUAUCCCGUACAUCUGCAAAAGGAAUUUCUACAACUAUUUUAACGAAUAAUCAACCGUACGAUGUGGAUUAUGUAGAAAAUGAAGAACCAAAUGUACAAAAUUAUAUUGAAAGGGAAGGCGAGGAUAUAACGGUUAAGCGGGCACGAUUAUUGUAUCAAUCACGUAAACGUGGGAUGUUAGAGAAUGGACUUCUUCUUAGUACAUUUGCUAAAAAAUAUCUAAAUAGCUUUAACGAAGAACAACUUAAGCAAUACGAUCGUUUGAUAAAUCUUCCAUCAAAUGAUUGGGACAUAUUUUAUUGGGCGGCAGAAGUGAAACCAGUGCCACCUAAAUUUGAAAAUGAAAUUAUGGAUUUGCUUAAAAAACACAUAAAAAAUGAAAAUAGAGAAAGUCGUAUUGCACAACCAAAUUUGUAUUAGUCUAGUUGUAUAUUCAUAGCUUAUUGAAAUAGUUUUAAUUAACCAGGCUAAAUAAAGUAUAUUUUUCGU